AAAAAAACCUCUCUCUCUCUCCCCCUUAUCUCUUUAUCUUUUUUUUGUCCCUUAAUUAGAGAUAAAAGAGAGAAAGCGAAAAAAAAGACAAAAGAAACAAACAGAGAUGGGUUAUACAAAUUGUUCAAAAAAGUUUGCAGCGUCAGCAGCAGCAGCGGUGGCGGUGGUGGUGGCGGCCGUGAUAUUAUCAGGAAUCAAACCAGUUCUGGGGCAGACAAACCUGCCGUGCGUGCAGGAACUGGUGCCGUGCGCAAUCUACCUGAACUCGACAAACCCGCCGGCCAGCUGCUGCAACCCGCUGAAGAACGCGUUCACGAACGAACUCCCGUGCGCCUGCGCCGUCUUCAAGAACCCUGCCAUACUCAAGGCCUUGGGGCUCGACGUCACCACCGGCCUCGCCCUCAUCCGGCACUGCAACAUCACUGGCGUGUCGCCCAGUCUCUGCUCGUCAGCUCCAACUCCAGCAACAACUCCUCCAACACCAACUCCAGGUCUUCGUCCUAACGGCGCCAAUUCUCUAUAUCGAGCGACUUGGACUGGGAUGUCAGGCGCGUUUAGCUUGUUAUUUAUGUUUUUGUGGUUCAUCGUGGUGUAAGACUGUCGAUACUAUAUAUAUCGAUUAGUUUGCGAGUUAUUCUUUAUUUAUGGUGUUAUCCAACUUUUGAGUGCUUUCCUUUGUUUUAUCUUUAAUGAGAAACUUUAGUACAUUAUUUCAUGCACUCAAGUGUUAUUAUCGUUUAAUGUUCAGAGUACAAUGUAUGGUGCAAACUAUAAACUUGAUUUUGUAAUAUUGAAGAUCAUUUUGUUGCAAAUAAAAGAUGUAGCUUUCGUA